AUGGAGAAAAGGAACAAGAGGGAGAAGAGAGAGGAUGACAAGUUCUCUGGGGAGCUCGUGCAUCGAACGCCCGUCAUCAAAAUAUCCUACAGCACUCCACAGGGGAAGGGCGAGGUUGUCAAAAUCCCUUCCCGGGUGCACGGCUCGGUGAAACCCUUCUGUGCAGAGCGAAUGGUGCAGAACGGAGGGGAGGACCAAGAGGAGACCAGGGACUCCGAACGGUGUCGAGAAACCAAAUGUUUCCUGGACAAGUCAGCAGGCAGCCAGCUUGCUUCCAUUCCAAAGCUGAAGCUCACGAGGCCAGUGCAUUCCAGCGCAGAUGUCCCACCCCCAAAGAUCCGGCUCAAGCCCCAUCGCAUCAAUGAUGGUCAGAGUGUUUCAAUCUACAAGGCAGAACUUAUCGAUGAAAUCAAUGUCCUUCAGAACAGCAGGGACUCCAACCCUGGAGCCUUCUACAAUGACGAAUCCACAGACAGAAGUUUAGCUGAGGUGUCUUCAGGGAGUUCAGGUGAAGAUGAGGACUUUAAAAGGUUUCCCCAAGGGAAAGAUGGACACGAUAACUUGGCUUUCCUUAUGAAUUAUCGUAAAAGAAAAGCAGACUCUUCUAGCUUAUCAGUAUGUAGUAAUGACAGUCUGGAUGAGUCCAAGUCUUCCAGUUCAGAGGUAACAUCGCCAGAGAUGUGUGACUUUCUGCCUGGUGAUGAUGCGUCCGUCUCCUCAUCUUCAAAAGAUGAGCGUAAAAUGGUGCCGCCGCUGACGGUCCGGCUGCACACCCAGAGCGUGUCCAGGUGCGUCACAGAGGAUGGAAGAACUGUUUCGGUGGGGGAUAUAGUUUGGGGUAAGAUUCAUGGGUUUCCGUGGUGGCCAGCGCGUGUUCUUGACAUAAACCUCAGCCAGAAGGAGAACGGGGAGCCUUCCUGGCGAGAAGCUAAAGUGUCGUGGUUUGGUUCCCCAACGACUUCGUUCUUAUCUGUCUCAAAACUCUCUCCUUUCUCGGAGUUUUUCAAACUGAGGUUUAACCGCAAGAAGAAAGGGAUGUAUCGGAAAGCUAUCACGGAGGCUGCCAAGGCAGUGGAGCAUCUGACUCCAGAAAUCAGAGAUCUCUUAACACAGUUUGAGACAUAACUUUGCCUCCAGUAUCAGGUAACAGAAGACAAGAGCACAGCUGUUCUCCAGAGGGCCACCAGGCUGUGAGGAU